CGUACUUUUUCAUUCUUCUAUUUUAUCUCGUCGGUCACGUGAUUAUCAGUUCGUUACAUAUGCUGCUCUCACUUUCGACUCUCGAUCGACGAGUUGGUUGAGUUGAUUCGCUUGCCUAACGUGCGCUAAUUACUCGGACACUGCUGAUCAGGUCGGAGGUGAAUAACCCGUACGUUGUUAUUUUCUUAUUUGACAAUAUUAAACUCGGUUUACUUACUGUAGUAGUUGUGUAAAACGACGUUUUUAUGAAAAUUGAACGGCUAUACACUAUAAACUCACACAACGCACGUAAAGUCAACAUAUUGUCUAGAGUGCGUUAUCUACUUUAGCUAAUGUACACAACAAAUCAAUCACUUCCCAAGCAAUAAAUAUGACAAACAUAUUCACGGGAAAGGUUUUCCUCCUGGUGACCGGUGCGAGUCGCGGAAUCGGAAAACAGAUCGCCCAGACAUUUGGAGCACUUCUGGAGGGCAAAUCGCACGUCCUACUUCUAUCCAGGAAUUCGGAGCUGCUGAAGAAAAGCGUCGAUGACAUGCCCGAGGGAGUUGUUGCGUCAUACAAGAGCAUCGAUUUCAGUCAAACCUCUACUCGUGAAUUGAAAGAUGUCCUACUGGAUUCCCUGAAGAAUGAGAAGCCGGAGAGCUUCGAAAGGGCCAUCGUGGUGCACAGCGCGGCUAUGGCCAAUUUCAACCAACUGACGAACGAGAUGACCGACUUGGACGAGUGGCACAAGUCCUUCAAUCUGAACAUGUUCUCGCCGGCAGUACUCAACGGGAUCUUCAUGGACGUUUUCAAGAAUCAGGCCACCAAGAAGUACGUCGUCAACAUCAGCUCGUACUGGGGACUGAAGCCUGACGUCUACGUUGGCUCUUACUGCGCUGCCAAGGCUGCAAAGGACAUGUUCUUCAAAGUGUUCGCUCUGGAAAAUCCCGACGUCCAAGUGCUGAACUACUUGCCGGGAUUUGUUGGGACGGACAUGUUCCACGACGUGUUGAAAGUGAGCAAGAACGAGGAGCUGAAAAAGAAGAUUAGUCAAAUGGUGGCGGACAAAUCGUUCGUUACUCCGGAGCAGACUGUCCAGUACCUCGUCGAGGUGCUGAAGAAACAAGAGUACAAAUCUGGUGAUCAUGUUGACUACUAUAAUAAGAAGAAUUAGAUAUAAGUUUAUAGAUAUCGUUUAUACUAUAUUAUGUAAAAGUGAUUGAAAAAAACUUGAUCUCGUCAAGAAUACAAAUUGGUAAAGGCCAAAGAAACAUUCAAA